UAUUAUAUAUUUUUGCAUGUUAUUCUAGUGGAAAUCAAGAACACGAACAUAUAUAAACAGUGUUCAAGCACAAUGGCAGUAAUAAUCGAACACCUACUCCUAUUGUUUGCAUGUUGUUACAAAGUUGUACAUGGAACAUCACAAGGUGCUUUGGAUAGUUCCUGCAAAACUAUGGUUCCAUUACACCAGGCUAGCCCCCAGACUGGAACUUUCCCAUUCCAAAUAACUUUGGACAAAACUAGUUACAAUGGGAGUGAUGUAAUUGCAGUAACCUUAUCGAAAAACUCAACAAACCAGUUCAAAGGAUAUUUAAUUCAAGCCAGAAAUCAGGAUGGAACAAAAAUUCCAGGCUUUGCACUGAUACCGAAUUCUAAAUUCCUACAGUGUGAUAAUCCGACUGAUGCUGUUACACAUACAGAAGCUUCGGGAAAAGACAGUGUAACUUUUAACUUCACUGCUCCGGCAAACUCUAGAGGGAAUAUAACAAUUUUCGCAACAGCUGUGGAGUCUAAAAACACUUUCUGGGUGAAGAUUCCUUCGGAAACAAUUAUUGACAUGGCGAGUACCGGUGCUUCUCCUACAAUCUUGCCCCAUGUAGUUGCAGUUACUUUUGUUGUCGUCUAUCUUUCCAAUAUUAACAAAUUUCACUUAAUGUUUUGAAUACUGUUAGCGCAGUUGUAACUUAAGAAUUCAUAAUAUUAUAAUUAUAUUAGUUUACUGAGAAAAAAGACAACAUAUUUUCCUUUAUUGUACUACUUUUAAACAUAUUAUCAUUUAAUUCGAAUGCUUAAAUAUGAUAAUGUUCAUUGACUAAUUUGAACUUUUGUUAAAAUAAACUCAUAAUAGAUAUAUACCAGGAUUAAAAGUUUGUAUAUAGUCAAAUCUCGCGAUUCGGCAAAACAAGACUAAUCAGUGAUGCUGGAAUAAUUGAAAAAUUAAAAGUUCAAAUUAAAUACGAAGUUGAAAAGCAUUGA